AUGGCACCAAAAUCAACACCCAACCCAGCAAAACUAGGUCUUAUCCUCAAAUACAUCCAAGAAUCAGGUACAGCGCACAACAUCAAAGAAUUAGAGAAAGCACUCCCCUCCGUCGCUUCCAUAAAUGGCAUGCAAGUCAAAGACUUCCUCCAAGCCCUCAGCGACGAGGGCAAAAUCCACGUCGAGAAAAUCGGCAGCGGGAAUUGGUAUUGGAGUUUUUUGAGCGAGGAGAAAAAUACGCGAGAGACCACAAUGGCAGAUUUGGAGGCGGAGAAAGGGAAGAUUGAAGUUGCGGUGCAAGAGCUGGAGGACAAGAUGAGGGAGGCAAGUGAGCAGAGGGGCCAAGAAACGGGCAGGGCAGAGUUGUUGGAUAAGAAGGUUGUGCUUGAUGCCGAGGUAGAAGAGUUGAAGAAGGAACUGGAGGGUUAUAGUGAUGGGGAUCCGACGAAUGUGGAGACGAAGAGACGGGAGGCAGCUGAAUUGAGAGGCGAUGCGGAUAGGUGGACGGACAAUAUCUUGAUCCUCGAAGGUCAUCUUAAGAAGAUGAUGGGUGGGGCUAGUGAGGAAUUGGAGCAGAUCAAGAGGCAAAUCUACGGCAAUGAGUAUGUUGAAGGCGAGGGCUUGCAGGAACUGGAAAGCUAG